CUUAUGAUAAGUGGGAGCGAUCCAAUCGCUUAAGCCUAAUGCUCAUAAUGUCACAUAUUAGCCAGAGUAUUAGGGGGCUCAAUCCCACCAUCUGAUAAGGUCAAGAACUACAUGAGGGCUAUUGAAGAGCAAUUUGUUAGUUCUGACAAAGCAUUGGCAAGCACCCUAAUGAACAAACUAUCAUGAAUGAAGCAUAACAAUUCUAGGAGUGUGUGUGAGCACAUUAUGGAAAUGAGAGACAUUGUUGCUCGUCUUAAGUCCUUAGAGAUUGAGAUUUCUGAGUCAUUCCUUAUCAAUUUCAUACUCAAUUCUCUUCCUGUGGAAUAUGGAGCAUUCCAAAUUUCUUACAACACACAGAAGGAAAAAUGGUCUAUCAAUGAACUUUUGACCAUGUGUGUUCAAGAAGAUGAGAGAUUAAAGCAUGGAAAAGUGGAAAGUGCUCAUUUAGCAACACAUAAAGGAGGGCAAUGGAAAAAGGGCAAAGGUGAUCAGAAAUGGAAGAAGCUUGGUAAAGUGCCGUUUAAAAAUCAUGGCAAUAAGGGUGUAUGCUUCCUCUGCAAGAAAAAGGGUCACAUGAAGAAAAACUGCCCCAAGUAUGAGAAAUGGCUUGAGAAGAAAGGGCUUCCUCAGCCUAAGGAAACCGACGGGAAGUGAACAAGGCAUCUAUUCAGGCAAUGGGAUGCGUUUGCACGUCGAAGCUGUUGGAACUUUCCGACUUGUUUUAAAAAAAUGGCUUUGUUUUGGAUCUUGAAAACACUUUUUACAUUCCAUCUUUUUCUAAAAAUUUAAUUUCUGUUUCUAAACUAGUACCGUUUGGAUUUGAAUUUCAGUUUAUUG